GAGUCGCAUGCGCGGCGCUGCCAAGUCGCUCUUCUAGCCAUCGCCCCGCGCCGCUGAACUCCGGGCAGCCAACUUCGGAACACUUGACCCCCAAGACCGCACCUCACCCUCCGUAUCACUCCCCACCCUCUUGUGCCGCCCCCCGCCCACCUACGAGCCGUGACAUGGCGGCAACCAGGGGUCCCGACCCGGAACAGGUCGCCCAGGAACUAGCGUUCGACGACAUCGACGAACUCAAGGAGCGGGCCAAGCCGCCACCGAUCGACUCGGCAGUCUCGCUCAAGCACUACUACCGCACCGCAGCACAGCUGCAGCUCCUGGCUGACUCGUAUGGCCUCGAAGAGAACUACGAGUACCAGUACAUCUACUUACUGCGGUUCACAACCCUCUGUGUCUCGCACCUGCCCGGCCAUGACGAGUACAAGAACCCGCGGUACACCAAGGAGCGCAAGGAGUUCCGCGCGCGGGCCAUGGCAGCGCUGGCUGACCUCGAGGCGCUGCACAAGGUUCUCGCCCGCGCGUACGAGCUCGCCGCCGCCGCUGACGCGGCGGAUGCAGCCGACGCGGCCGAGGCCGAGGCUGCCGGCGCAUCUGCAGGCGCAAGCGGUGCGCCUCCAGCGGCGGCUCCGCAGUUGACACUCGCGCAGAUGCGGGCCCGGCUGAGCAUAGGCACUUCAUACGGCACGGCAGCGGCGGCGUCUCCGGUGGCGUCGUCUGCGUUCGCUGCGAGCGCGCCCGCUGCUGCUGCUGCUGUCGUUUGCGAUGAAGCUGCAGACGCUGCGGCAGCGGUGGCAGCGGCGGCAGCGGCGGCAGCGGCUGCUGCCGCUCGGGUCUAUCCCGACGCCGAGUCGAUGUCGGUGACCGACAUCGAGCCGUACAUUCCGCACGCCAAGCAACAAGAGUACAUUUCCAAGCUGCGGCAGCAGGAGCUUGAGCAAGAGGCGGCUCGCGCUCGCAUUGCGCACCAAGAGGCUGAACUGGCCAAGCUCGAGACUGCUCUUGCAGCCGAGCGCGAGCGUGCCGCCGCCGCCGCCGCCGCCGCCGCCGCUGCAUCCGCCGCUGCAGCCUCCACAGCGGCAGUGCCCGCACGCGCGGCGCCUCCGCGCGCAGCGCCUGCGUCUGCGCCUGCGGUGGCACCUGCCAAGGCCAAGCCGAAGCGGCGUAAGCGAAAGGAAAAGGACGUUUUCCGCAAUGUGGUUGUAUGCAACUCGAUGAUGGGCGAGUUCCUCCGUGUGGCGCAGCCCAAUACCAAGCGGGCACUCGAGUUCUGCGGCAUCCUUGCCGGCGUCUGCGUCUCGAAUGUUCUCUACAUCACUACGCUCAUCAUCCCGGCCCAGGAAGCCACCACUGACACGGUCCACACCACCGACGAGGAGUCGCUGUGGGAGUACCAGAUGACGCAUGACCUCCUCACGCUGGGAUGGAUCCACACCCACCCGACCCAGCAGUGCUUUAUGUCGUCGGUCGAUGUCCACACACAUUGUGCGUACCAGUCGAUGCUGCCCGAGGCCAUCGCCAUCGUCAUGGCGCCCAAGUACCGCCCCAACUACGGCAUCUUCCAGCUCACCACGCCGCGCGGCCUCAAGACCGUCCAGCAGUGCCGCAAGACCGGCUUCCACCCGCACCCGUCGCACAUCAAGAUCUACGACCACGCCCGCCACGUCAUGGUCGCCGCCAAGCCGCUCCAGCUCAAGGUCGUCGACUUGCGCCGUGGCAUGAAGGGCGUCCGCGAGUGGACCAUCGACUAA